AUGUUUGGUUAUUUUACCAUAAAGCGCUGCCUAAAUUCGAUAUCAGGAAUAUCUGUUUAUAUCGCUUCAUCUAUUCAUGUGUUCUCGCUCAACCCUCGUAAUAAUAUGGGAGGAGAGAGAGGAACGAUGAAGUGA